CUCAUUGUUUUGGUUUUGUCUUAUUGGAACGUCUUCCCUUUUUUUUAACUUUAAAUCCAAAAUUACGGUAAAAAGUGUGAAUAAAAAUGGCAAGUGUUCCUUCAACGACGACGUCGACGUCUUCAGACAACAAAACUUUGUACGAGAGAUUCGUCAACUACAUGGAAAGAAACACCAAAGGAGUUGAGAUUGGGGUUUACGCUACUUCGGGUCUUCUCUUCGCCGUGGCUUAUUACAAAAUUAGACCGAUCACAAAGUUUUGUAAGCCAUCCGAUAUUCCGAGACAUUUUAUCAAGAAUCGCCUUCCGCAGAACGGAAAAGUUGUUCGUUUGGAGCCGUCGCUCACGGAAGGUCCCUUAUUGCGUGUGAGUCACAAACCUCUCGUCAACAUCUUUUUCGCUUCAAAGAAAACAUUGCCUGUGAAAAUUGCCGGAAUUGAACUCAAUUCAAACGGUUAUUCGUGGCUCCAAUCGAUCGUUUGCAAUCAAAAUGUCAAAUUUAUCCCGUUGACACGUGAAGGCGUCGCUGCCGAAUGCCAAGUACUCUUGCUCGAUGCGAAAAAUCCCUCGAAACAGCCAAUUGAUGUAGCAAAAGCUCUUCUUUCGCUCGGCUUUGCGAAACUCGAACCGACUUUCAGAUGCGAUGUGUGGCAUAAGGAAUCCUUGGAAUAUUAUGAAAUUCUGAAAAAUGCUCAGAAAAAGGCAAAAUCACGUCGUAAUGGAUUGUGGUAUGAGGCAUUACCGCAACCCGCAAUACACGAACGUUUGAUGCGGAAUUUAUGGCAGUACGUUACGAUGAGUCUCACUCCGCAACAUAAGAGACUUCCCGAAUUGAUACGAUAAAAAAAAAUUGUGUGAAUCAAAGUGACCUUUCAGAUACUUAGCAUUUAGAUUAGCAUCGCAAAAUAUGUUUUUAACCAUGGAAUGCGCAAAAUUGUUGAUAACCUGUUAAAAAACUUUUUAAAAAUUGAUGAAAUAAAAAUAAAACAUGAAUUCAUAAA